AUGGAUAAUCAUAAUCAAUAUCCCCACCACCCGUGCCCAGUUUGUGAGAAGCAUUUGGAUCACAGAAGCAACGAAAUUGUCAAACCAUUGUUGUGUAUGCAUCAUUUCCAUAAGAAAUGCAUUUUGAAAAAAUGCAAGGUAUUUUUUCUUUUUUAUAUUUUAUCCAGAAUUUUAUUUUUUUUUUCAGGAAAGCGGAAGAGCGAGACAAAUUGCUCGUUGUCCAGUUUGCAACCGUGCUUUAUAUAAAUUCAUUGUGCUUGCAAAAAAUGAAAAUGGUGAGAAGAAUUUCAAGUUUGUGAAUACCAACGGAAGAAACGUCCAGAGUCGUUAUCAAAUGAAAGAAAAUGUUUGCAAGUAUUGUUUUAUUGGAAAUCUUUUCGACAAUCAACUUUGUUGUUCAAAAUGUGAUGCGAUAUGGCACAAAUUCUGUGGCCCGGAAACCACAGCCACUACUGAAACUGGAGAAUUGUUGUGCAACGAAUGUGACAGUUCAACUAAUGUGAGUUGGAUAAGAUACAAAAAAUAUCAUUUCAAAUCAAUGACAAAAUAUCUUUACUGGUAUCAAUGACAUAUUUUUAGCAAUCUGUAAUGUUAUUCUUUGAAACCAUUUCAAAAUUUCGAUAAAUUCCUUUCAGACAAUCUUUUUUUAAUUCAGCAAAAAAUUAGACUACGAGUUUAUUUUGAAUAGCACUUUGUAAUCUAAAUUUGAAUACGAUAAUCAAAAAAAAAAACACCUGCAUUGAUCACUUUUUUUUAACAAAAUAUUUUCUAGGAGCAAGAGCCUGAAGAAGUUGCUGGACCAUCAAAUUCACAAAAGCAAGAAACUCCAUCAAGCUCGCAAAAGAAAAAGGCAUGUUUAGAAACAUACAUUUCAUAA